CAACCUACGCAUUCCCAUCAUCACCAUGGGCGUCCUCUCCAAGCAAGCUCUCGAGGGCAUUGCCGCGUACAAGUACAAGGCCGGCAGCUACACAUUCUUGGAUCUCCAGUUGAACCACUUCUGGAAUGCCAUGGUCGAGUUCUUGCCGUUGUGGAUGGCACCGAACCUGGUGACGUUGACAGGCACGAUCAUUGUGAUCCUCACGACCGUCCUCUUGCUUGCGAUCAGUCCCAACAUGGAAGGCGGCGCGCCUGGCUGGGCCUACGUUCUCAGCGGGGUCGGCCUCUUCGUGUACCAGACCCUGGACGCCAUUGACGGCAAGCAGGCGCGGCGCACGGGGUCGUCCAGCCCGCUCGGACAGCUCUUUGACCACGGGUGCGAUGCGCUCAGUGCGUUGCUCAACUGCCUCACCGCAUGUGUGGCGUUCAGCGCAGGCAACUCGACGUACACAUUUGCGGGUCUUUCCAGCGUGUCUGUCAACUUCUUUGCCGCGCAGUGGGACGAGUACCACACGGGCACGAUGAGCUGUGGCAACGGGUACUAUGGUGUCACCGAAGGCCAACUGACGCUCAUUGUGUGUCUUUUGCUCACGGCGGCUGUGGGCGAUGACUUUUGGUUGACCCAGCCACUGUUGCCGUUUGCAUCGAUUACGUGCGGGCAGGUGUUCAUUUUGACAUGUUUUGCAAGCAAUGUAUUGCUGGUGUACGCCAACGUCAAGAAUGUGUUUACUGCUGCGCCACUAGCACAAGACCAAGUAGGCCACAAGGAUUUGUCGAAACUCCAAGCGCUGCGUCAGCUGGUGCCCGUGGCCGCCGUGAUUGCCGGCGGGUACUUGUCCAUGAUUGUGGGUCCUGCUCGUGCCGUGUACUUGUCGCAUCCGCUGGUUCUCGUGGGACCGUUUGGCCUCAAUUUUGUACUCAUGUCGUCUCGCAUGAUUGUAUGCCACAUGUCGAAAGUGCCGUUUUCGAUGCAAAGUCGCAUUCUGGUACCGUUGGCGGCCUACCUGGUCGUUGUGUACGUGCCUUCCGCCGCCGGAAUCUCUAUCGCAUCGCCGAUGGUGGCGUCCGUCGUGUACGCGGGGGUCGCCACGGCAGUGUACAUCCACUACAUCCUUUCGGCAGUGUUUGAGAUCUGCGCGCACUUGAAGAUUCAUCUCUUGACGCUGCCUGCCAAGAAGUCCGAGUAACUCCAACAUACUAAACAUACUAAUACUAACAAUCUCCGUGGUUUGAACUACGGAAGUGUUAAUGUC